AUGUCGAUAUCCAGAAAGCUAGAUUGGUUUUACUUUUGGUACUUUGUAGUCCAUAUUCCUGUAACGUUACUCAUUGACUCAUGCUUGAUAGUACCAGCAACCUGGCAGUUCAAUAUUCAAAAGACUUUAGUGCUGUUCCAUAUCGCUACCAAUAAAGAUUUCUUACUAGACACUUUACCAUUGUGGCUUAAAGUUUUUGGAUUCAUUGAAUUGACCUUCCAGUUACCAUUAUUUUUCUUUGCUGCAAUUAAGUUGUACCACAAUAGUAGCAGUGUAUACCCUUGGCUCGUGGUGUAUGGAUUUAACGCAUCAUUUACCACGUUGGUCUGUUUAGUACAUGUCCUUGUCGAAGGUAACAGCCAUGGGUUGCAGGAUGCAGAGGUGUAUGGGUUGUUUGGAUUGUACGUACCUUACUUCAUUAUCCCAUUGGUGAUGUUAAUUGACUCCAUGAAAAGGGUCAUGCCAGCUGCUACAAAGGUGAAACAAAAAGUGUUAUAG